UGACCAAAACUGGUUGCCUAGUAUUCCAAGUGUGGUUUUACCAACCCAGUCCUUCUUUUCAUUAAACUAGACACACGUAACGUUUACCAAAACAACCAGUGUCAACCAAGACAAGUCCUAUAGAUCGCAAUAAGGUUUUUUUUUAUAUGAAGUAACUUUCUUGGUAAUAACUAAGCCAUUGACUUUGGUGGCCAUACAGGCAAUGGAGAAAAAUGCAGUUAUUACCAGUGAUGAAAGAAUUGUCGGCUGGAUGAUAACUUCCCACACCAGGAGCUAACGUAAUCCCUUCUGAGAGUGAUCUUUCUUUCUAGAUUUGUGGUUUUUUCCCCCCCUGUUCUUCCUAUUUUUUAAAGCUAUUAAAAGGAGGGGGGAUUCUUGAAACCUGUAUGUUACUGUUAUGUGAAAACUGGCAUUAUGAGAAAUUUAUUAUCUACAUUGUGUUCCAGGUCCUGUUUCUUUCUGCCUUCCCUUCCAGGUAUUUCAAAUCCAGAUUGCCCUGGGCAUCAAUCACCUUGUUCUCCACCAUGAAGUCCUUCUUAUUCUGCUGCCUCUUUGGCACUUUCUUAGCUACAGGAGCCUUUGCGUCUGUCACUUUCACUGCAAAACACUGUGGUGUUUCCGACACUUGCGAUCUUGACUACCUGGAGACAACUCUACAUGAUGAAAUAAGAAUGAGAUUAAAACGAACCUGCUGUACUGGGAGUGAAUGCCAAACUCUGCCACAUCCAGGCAUGUGUCUCGAGUGUGAGGUUUGUUCGGGGUUGGGCUCAAAAUGUACCGGCUGGACAAGCACCUGUAAAAAUUAUGAAGACACUUGUGUUACCGUUCAAAGUGAAGUGAUGCUAGAUAUCUCCAGAGGGAUGUCUUUCAAAGGAUGCGUUUCUCAGAGUGUGUGCACUUUACUUAAGAAGAAGUCCUGGACACUUUAUGAGGAAUUGGAGCUGGAGGUCAAAUGCAGCCCAGCCCUCCCGCAGUCUUCCCACUGAGGUAUAACUGCACCCCAAGGCCAUCGCUCCACCUGAGUAGAACCUAGGAGCCAACAUGGCUCGUUCUGUUUGAGUCGGCUUUCAACAGAAUUCUCAUCCUUCUGGAUGGGUCAAAACGUUUCUCACAAUCAAUGUGCAAAAUUAACUGAGCCAUGGUUCAAUUCAAUAAAGCAGUAACUUUCAAAAUAA